UUCCGCCCCUGCUCUUCUCCUCGAGCUCUCUCCCCUCGUCUCUCUCUAUCCCUUUGUUUCGAUCCUUCUCCAUGGUUUCCGAGCGUUAGCAAUGGAGAGAAGGGUUGGAAGCAGGAAGUCUUCAUCUUGACUAGAAUUUUUUCCUAUUUCUAGGGUUUUAUUCGAUCGAUCUCAAUCUUCCCUAUUUGUCUGGAUCCUUUUUUUGCUUCUGUUAGAAUUUUGAAGGAGGGAUCUCUUGUGGAGAUGUCGCACAAGGAAGAGUCUCGUAUCUUUGUGGGAGGCCUUUCAUGGGAGACCGGGGAGCGACAGCUGGAGCAGGUGUUCAACCGCUUCGGCAAGGUUCUCGAGGCCCAGAAUCUGGUUAUGAUCACUUGAUUCACCUUAGAUGGAUAUUGUGGUACAUUCUUGGCCUGUUAACUUGCAUCAAAUUCCCGGAGGUUGUCUCACUUGAUCAGUGGUGUGUGAAAAGAAACAGAGGGUCUCAAUAUGGCUAGCAUGCACAAAAGGAUCAUGUUCACCACAUUUAGAUAUGCUGAAUGUGAAUUUAUGUGAAGCAGUUAUGUUCAGUUACCUGCUCAUUCUACAUUGUUCCGGUUAGCUGGGAGCACUUGACCUUGCCCCUAUGUCAGUCAAGCAUCCUUAGCUCAGCUUCGAGGAUCCACCAUAUCGUGAAUAUCAGUUAUUUUUUGUGUUGGCCAAAGCAGUUCCGUGUUGUGGUUAAGUUGUCUAUUGACAAUGGGGACUUGGACUGGAUCAAAGAUCGUCUCAAAUCCUUCCUUUUUGCUAUGGUCUGAAAGAGCCAUUUUGUGCCAUGUAGUUAGUGUCGCCAGAGUGAUCAUAUGCUGUUAUGCCGUAUUGCUAAUCAAACUAUUACUUUAUACCACUGAACAUCACAAUAGAAUUUUGUAUGCAUGAGAGACUAUUUGCCUUCUAUGCUUCGCUUCCUUGAGAAGUUCAUUGUCAACUGGUUUGUUCUGUCAACAUGCGCAGUGGGACUCAUAGAAGGUUCUGAUCAAAUUGUUUAUUUUGCAACAAGGUGUCUUCUUUAUUCACCAGACUCAUCUGGGAGGAAAGACCAGUGUACCCAAGAUGCCACGGUCUAGGAUGUGUAUAUGUCUCACUUAUCUUCUAGGAUCAGCAUCAAGGGAUAUGCAGGACUUUCCAAAUAACUUGAUAAGAUUUUGCUUGGCUCCAUACAACUCAGUACCAACUCAAGAAAUUUUGUUUGCUAACCUCUGUUUUUUGCUGAGGAAACUCAUUGUGGUCUUGCUUAGAUAAUUGUCCUCGGUGCUGGUGAUCAGUGCAAUUUGGGAAUGACUUCUUAGCUAUAGCAGUAAUAUCGUGUAGAUAGCAGUAAUUUGAUGCCUCUAUUUUUUUUCUUUCAUUUACAAUAUGAACUAGACAGCAAACUCCAUUGCUGCCGGAUUUGCAAAUUUUGGUUAAUUUGACAAGCUCAUAUUUCAGCCCAAUUAGUGCAAAUGCUGGUUGCAUAAUUUUGGUUACUGAAAUUAGAUUUUCCUGCUGUUCCAUGCUGGUUGCAUAACUUUUUCCCUUUCCUUUCUGGUUACUGCCAGAUUGGUUUGUUGGAGCAGUGUGCUGCUUGGUUGGUGUUAUCCAAGUAGAAUGCCCUUUAUCACUGAAUUAUCUGCAAGGAUAUUGAGACCAGUAUUAGCUGAAAUGUUGUCACUUAUGCACAGAUAGGCCAUGUGUACUUGCUCCUUAUGUUCUAUGCACUUUCUAGGACAUCCAGUUUUGACAAGUACUUGGUGAAAAUGUUCUUAUGAUUGCUUCUGUUGGUCAUGAGCCCAGGUGAGGUGGAUUGCCAGCGCUAUCAUAAGGCCUAUGAUCAGUAUACCUGUAGUUUUUAUACUGAUAUCCUUGAUAGUCUGUUUAUACCAGAUGAAUGAAAAUAUUUUGCAGUUUCACUGGUUCAUAUGUGCAAAAAUUAUCCUAGUGGAACCAUCAUCUCAAAAAUGCAAAUCAUGUGCCAAUUUAUUAGCCUGUGGCCAUGCUUGUCGUAAGAGUUGGGUGAUAGUUGUUUGUUUUUAGUAGUUUGGGUAAUUGGUUGGAGCCUGGAGGCUUUGUUUGAUGAAGAGAGGUUGCUUCAGUCUUUUAGGCUUAAUGAUGUGACUUGGUAGCUUUUCAACUUGGGUUGUUAUUGAAAGAUCUGAUGUUUUCUUCAAAGCUUCUUGACUCUCAGCUAAGUAGAAAAUUGUUUUUGGAAAUUUCAUCUUUAACUGCACUGGCUAUUUGUCUUCACAGAAUUACAAAUGUCGGUUAAGUAUCAGCAUUUGGAGUGCUGGUAGCAUGACAGCCAUGAUGAGAGCUGGAAGAAGUAUGAACUUUUGUGAUGUGGUUGAGCUGUUGGUAGUUUUUGUCUAUGGUACUUGAGUGAUUUUUACUGAUAAUAUAUGAAAAUAUUUGGCCUCUGAUGAGAUAUAUUGCUUAAUGGAAUGAAUGCAUCAGUGGAAAUGUGUUGGUCAAAUUUGUUAAUGGAUAUUUUAAAGGGCCAGAUUCAAGUUAAAGUGUAUCUUGGAAAUUUGGGACCUGUUAUUCCUGUUGAUAUUCGGGUAUAAGUUAUGACCAGUGAUUUGGCUACUUUGUCUGGAAAUGAGCUGAAAUACAUGCCAUCUGAUGAAUAAUGUGUGACAUUCUGUAAACACGGCUAGACUCGUCAGGGUAGUCUGCGGCUUCUCAGUAGAGAUGGUAUCAGUUAGAAAUGUCUGAAUGUGUAUUUGGACCCUGGGACUCGCCUUCAUUGUCGCAUCAAAAAUAUACUGUUUAUUUAUUUAUUAUCGUUCAGGUCAUGCUAGAGAGAGACACCGGCCGUCCUCGUGGAUUUGGAUUUGUGACCUUUGCUGAACCACGGGCUGUGGAGGAUGCUAUCAGAGAUAUGCAUAACCAGGAGCUCGAUGGUCGGGUCAUUUCGGUGAACAAGGCCCAGCCUAAGAUGAGUUCAGAUGACGACACUGGUUAUGGUUAUGGUGGUGGGAGCUACUCGUCAGGUGGCAGAGGAGGCUAUCGUGGUGGUGGAGGUGAUGGCUUACCACCUAUAGGGCGCAGUGACUGCUUCAAGUGUGGGCGUCCAGGACAUUGGGCUCGUGAGUGCCCUUCAGCUGGUGGAGGUGGUGGAAGAUUCUCUUCUCGAUCCAGGUUUGGUGGGGGGGGUGGGCGUGGAGAUCGUUUUGGAGGGCCAGACCGCUAUCAUGACCGUUACAUGGAUGAUCGGUAUGAUGGAGGCCGUUAUGGGGACCGUGACCAUCUUGACAGCAGAGACAGUAGGUAUGGUGGUGCACGUGAUCGCUUUGCCAAUGACCGCUAUCCACCUGGUGGUGAUCGGUUUUCUGGUGAUAAGUAUGGCGGGGGGCCAGAGCGUUACCCGCAAAAUGGAUUUGGCAAGGAAAGAGGUUAUGACAGAUAUGGACCAAGGGGUGGCGGCGGCUACGACAGAGGUGCCCCAAGGGGUGGUGGGGGCUAUGACAGAGAGGGACCAAGGGGUGGUGGCGGCUAUGACAGAGAGGGACCACGGGGUGGCAGCAGCGACAGAUAUGGAAGUGGUGGACCUGCACGUUAUGAAGGGGGCAGUAGUUACAGGGACAGACCUGGGCCUUAUGAUCGGCCCAGUAGGGGUGGGCGCCCAUCAUCCUAUGACGAUCGUUACUAAUGCAUGUUGCUUGGUGUGUUAUGGCAAUCGCAGCUGGUGCAUGUAGAUUGCAUUAGGUUACUACCCUGGGUGCUACGGAAUUUGGUAUGUUGAUAUAUGAUUGUGCAUGUGAUGAUAUAUUUGGAUAUGUUCCAGGCCGAUGGCAUGAUUAUGUUUUGUUUUUAGGACUCAGGACUAUGUUUAUCUUUUUUGCUUCCAGUUCGUAGAAUUCGCACUGAAUCUAUCUUUCAAGCUGUUGCUGCUUGGUCAGUUGUGUGUUUUCUAGGCAAUGCAUAUGGCUUCUGGUUCUUGCAGCCCUCUCUGCUGUAAUCAGAAUCUUUGUUUCUCUCAGACUUCUAAUGCAGCAUCUACAGAGGGAUGAAAUGAGCAUCAUGGUGAGUGUUUUUAAGUCGAAAAUUUCAUGGAUCAUUGUGAUGAAGGUUAUCCUUCAGCUAUUUGUCAUGACAAUGCUCGGCUGGUUUGAGAUGUUUCCAGUGGCUUUUUGGGAAAUAGAUCCGCGAAUAGUGUAGUGGUUGUUUGAUCAGUUCUCAUUGCACAUGGAAGCUUCUCGGAUCUCUGAUGGAACCGAUGAAGAUGCCAGCAACUGAGCUGAUAAAUUUGGUUCUAAAGUCCUGUAUUUGCUUACAGCAGCAAAAUGAGAAGUUGCUGCGGAGAAGCUUGCAAUGAUCAGGAUGUUGACCAGCUUUUUUCAAGUUUUGCACCUGGGUUUUAUAGUACUGUAUAUUCAAUUGCUCUGGACUAUAUAACCUUAGAACCAACGAACAAGGGUGCAGAAAUUCUCAAGAACAGUGAGGAUUCUUCUUAUAUCUUGGUCUUGUUCAACUAAUUGGCCCCAGUACCCAGUAACCUGUUGUGAAGUUUGAGGUGAUCAGGAUAUGAUGAUCGUCUGCCUUUAGUUUUGCACUUGGUUUUAUGCUCUGGAAUUAGUCGUCUAAAUGGAUCAUGUGACCUUAAAACUCUGGACUAACAAGGACAGACUCGGCUUCUGGAGAACAGUGAGGUUUUCUCUUAAAGCCUGAUCUUGAACAUGUUUAAUGGUUCUGCCACCCAGGUCCCUGGGGGUGUCUUAGCAGGCUCGUGCAAUUGCUAGAAUCCAGUUUUGAAGUUUGAUGUCUACAUUGUGUCAUACGAUUGUUGGUGGGAUUUAUAAUCGUUGCUCCAGCAGUCGCAGUUCAGCUGCUGAUCCAUCAACUAUGAUGGUUUUUGGUCUUCCAACCGACCGACAUGACUUUGAUAGUUUCACAGUAGGAUUUAUCUGAGACAAGACGCUUGUUUAAUGAUCGGAGAACUCUCAGUUCUUGUUCAGACGAAGAACCUUCUUUGUCUGCAUGGUUGUGUGUAACCAUUCAACUUAUUGUUGAUAAAUAAAUCAAGAUUUCUAAA